GCUCCCCUCACCCCUUCUCUUCUCCUCCUCGUCUCGUCUCGUCUCGUCGCGUCCGCGAAGGGGGCGACGCGGCCGAUGCCCCAGCGCCGCCUCCUCCCCCGCCCCAAAAUUCCCGACGCCUCCGCCUCCGCCGCCGCCGCCGCCGCCGCGUCGUCUCCGACCGACGGAGCAGUCCACCGUAGACCCCGGCCUCCUGCUUCUGCUCCUCCGGAGCCGCGGCGCGUGUGGCGCCGCGCGCGCUAGCACUCUUCCUCCCGGAGAGAUCCGCUUCCGGGGAUUUUGCAAAUAAUGGGGGAGAAUAAAUGGAUGGGAAAAAGAUGGGAGGACAUGGACACUGAUGUCCUCGUGAAGAUAUUCAAGGAGUUGAACUUAGUUGAGCUGUCACCCGUAUCUCAAGUUUGUCGUUUGUGGCAUUUGGCCUGUUCAGAUCCGCUUAUUUGGAGCACUCUUGACUUCGGUUUGCUGAAAUCCAAUUAUAUUCAAACAAGGGCAUCUCCCUAUAUUUGGGUUGAUGAUAGGUCUGACAAGAGGCUUUCAAGAAUAUUACGGGUGGCUAUGUCAAUUAGCUAUGGAAAUGUUAGUUGCUUGAUAUUUCAUUACAAUCUGUACAUGAAGGAUGAACACCUACAUUACAUCUCAGAAAGGUCUCCUCACCUAAAACGACUGGUUAUGCCAGCAUGGAACCGCAUUACCAAAUUCGGAAUAUGCCAAGCUAUUCAAAGGUGGGAAGAGCUGGAGUCGCUGACAAUGCCUACCAUUGGCCAUCCUCCGUAUAUCAUGGAAGAGAUAGCGAGGAGCUGCAAGAACUUUGCAGAGCUCAAGGUCAUGGGCUCAUUCGACGACCUCUUUGCUUCGGCGAUUGCCACCCACCUUCCAAAGCUGAAAGUCUUAAGCCUGCGCUGCUCGAAAGUGACCAUGAGUGCCCUGCUAUGGUUACUGGACAACAUGGCAAACCUUGAGGUUCUGAACAUUUCUCAUUGCCUGCUGUUUGAGAUCGUGGCCAACGGGCGGAGGCAAGUGAUCCAUGAGCUGGAUGACCAAACCCUCCAGAAAGCUUCCCGGCUGCGGGAGUUCCACCACUGCCAGAGCAGAUCAUGCCUUGCGUGCCAGCGGAUGAUGGCGGACGAAGGCAUCAUGCGGUGGUACAGGUAUGAAGACUGGUUCUGGCGCCGGGAUGAGGUGAGCUCACUUGAUCUGCAAGACUAUGGGAAGCUGUUCGAUGCAGAGUGCGAGGCAUUGACAGCCGUGGAAUAGAUGAUAAUGGUCAGGAAAUUAAACCUACCAUUGUAGGAAGUUGUUUGACCAGACAUUUUCAUAAAAUCAUAGCAAGCACCGAGAGGCUGUAACCUAGAGUAAUAACCAUAAUAAUGGUAACAAUAAUGUGCAUGCAUGGUGGUGGUGUGGGUAGCUGAUGUUGUAAAUGCAUGAAUAGUUUGUCUUGUCCUUGUUUGAAAGGUGGCGUUUAUCAUCUCCAUGGUAUGACCAGAAUGUAAAAAAUCUCCGAAACCGUAUGCUUUGUUUCUUUAAAAUCAUCUUGCACUGGAGUAUUGGGCAUCA